CCGCUGGUUAGAAAAUAGAUGUUCUGAACUUCUGAUGUUGUAAUUUUUUUUCAUAUUUUUUUAUCUGAAUGAAACUAUGAACAAUGUUCACCGGACACCGGGACAAAUCUUUAAAAUACAAAAGUUUCCCGUACAAAACGGGACGUCUGGUCACCCUAAAUGAGCGCUUAUACAGUAUACACGCUACAGUUAUAGGUAGUACAUUAUAUUUUAAUACCUAUGAUUUAAUUUAUUGGUUUUAUUAUUAAGUUGCGAUUCGUUAUGGUUCGUGUUCUACGUUCUCCAACGCAGUGCUAGCGAAUUGCGAUAAAAAAUAUAUUGUGAAGCAGCGCCUGGUCAACUGUUAUCUCGAACAGUGGUGUAAUUGACUUCAGUAGGAGUGUAUUAUCAUUAGUAGCGAUUUAUCCCGCAUCCGUCACAUGGUAAUUCGUUUGGACGUUUUAAUAUAUUUUAUUUUAAAUUAAACAUACAAUUUACAGAUUCCCUCCCGUAUGAUUUUAAUCGAACACAUUAAAAACAGUCUACAUCAUAAUAUAUUUUAAAAUGCCAACCUCUUGUUGUGUACGUGGUUGCAGGAGUAAGGGCAACGGUAAAAUCAAGUAUUUCAGAUUUCCUAGGGACGUAAACCGUAGAUUGCAGUGGAUACAAGCACUUGACCGAGAAAACUUUGUACCCACAAAUAAUACUUUGAUUUGUGAAGCACAUUUUACUACUAAUGACUAUCAAAAAAGACCUGAUCUCAUUAAGUUAACACAUACUGCUGUUCCAAGUAUUUUCAAAGGUCGGGUAAAUGAAAAACAGAAUGCUUCUCUAAAAAAAGUAAUGGAUUCAGGUUUAAAAUCCUCUCGAAUGCCAGCAAGAAAACGUCAUAGUAAUUUAUCGGACCAUACUUAUGUGUUGAAACUUCCUGAAGAGAUUAUACCUGAGGUGACGGAGGAUAUAGGUUUCCAAAAAUCAAUUAGUCCAUCAAAAUGUGUAGUCCACACAUUAGAUGCCAGUGAAUCACGUGUGUUAGAUGUAUCCCAAUCAAAUAUACAAACAUCAAGAAAUAUUGAAAAUUCAGGCUUUAAAAUUCCUGAAAGUUUCAAAAAUACUUUUCAACCCCCAGAGAAAAAUUGGGAACAUAUUGCAAUAAUACAACAAAAAACUAUACAUGAUUUAAGAAAAAAAGUAAAAGUUCUUCAUCAAAAAAUUAGACGGUAUUCCUCAACAAUUGAAACAUUAAAGUUGGAUAUAAUGAUUCGUUACUAAUAUCAAAUACCUUCAAUAAAUAAUAAAUAUCAAUAAGAAUGUUUGAAGGAUUUCAAUUGUAAAAAUAUACACCAAACACUUCUGCUGAUAAAAAAUUGUGCUUUACCAAAAAUGAUAAUCUUCUUAAAUUUUAAUAUGAAAACCUAAAGAUGGAAUUGAUUGAACGGUGGCAUAUAAUAAUAAUGAUUACUUAUCAG